AGAAAGGAAUUAAGGUAUUGGGGAAACAACUGACGAAGAAUAUCUGAUAAUUCCAAGAUAGUAAACACGAACCUUGAAACUUUAAUGCAUAAAAUAUAAAUAACCAUAUUGUUUUCUUGUUUAAUCUGUCCCAAUUAUUUUAUAGCGUAUGUUGGCUACACUUCCCAAAUCCCACACAAUUUCAAACUGGAAAACCGUUACUUUUGGUGAGGUUAUUGUCGUUCGUUGAUGUUAUUAAGUUGUUUAUGCCGGGUCUAAUUUUAUUAUUAUUUUAAUUUUGAUUCAGGUAUUUUAGGCUUCACCAAAGCCUGUAUCAUUAAUUUUAAUAAUCAUGCCUAGAAUUACUAGUGCCAAGAAUCGGUUAAACAGCACCAAAUUUUCUGAAUUCUACCCUGGGAUUGCUUCCUCUCCGAUAAGGGAAGAACACAUUUUAAGUAAAAAUGAUCUUGAUCUUCAUAUUCUCGAACAUACCUCUCAUAUUCAAAAAGUGGCAGAUGAUUACAAAGCAAGACUAAUUAAAUUUUGUACAGAAGAAUUCGAAGUAUUUGAUAAAGCUAUUGAAGAAUGCCUUUCUAAAGGUGAUUUCAACUUUCCCGUAACACCAGAAACUCUUAAGGUAGCAAGAGCUAUGUUCAAGAAAUUUAAUGAAGGUGGCCUAUCUGAUAACAAAAAUACAGAUGAUGCUGGUGAGACUGGUAAGAUAUAUGAAUCAGAUUCAGAUGAAACAACUACAAGAACUACAACUGUUAAAGGAGGUGCCAAGGAAGCCACUAUUGUUCCUGAACUAGAAAACAAUCAAAAAGAUGAUGAAAUUAGUAAUCGAAAAAUUAUUGAUGAGGAAAAUGACUCUGUCUUUAAGAAACCUGCAGGUAUAACAAGGAAAACACGUCAAGCUUCACGAACAAUGAAUAAAGAGCAAUACGUAACUCCUAGACGAACAGGUUAUAACAAAGGCUACAAUAUUGCAAAGGUAACACCUGGACCAGACAUUGAUAGACCCUUGAGUGUCCUAAGAAGGCCUGUUCUUGGAGAAAUGGUUGUUUCAAUGAAUGGAAGUCCCUUAGUGACUUCCCAUGAUAACAUUUCAGUUCCACAAAUGACCAUACCUCUUUCUAAUGGCCGGGCUUUGACCUAUCUUGCUAAUGAUGGUUUGGACCCAGAUGAGUCCCUUUGUGGUGAAAUUGAUGAAGAAACCCAAAAGCGUCUGACAGUCUUCUAUAAAUUGCUUGAAAAGAAAAUUAAAAAAAAAACAUAAUGAUCCUUAGUUAUGGAUUGAAUUAACUUUAUUUGUAUUGUAAUGACAUGUACAUUGUAAAUUAUUGUGAUUGUUAAUAUUUUUGUAAAUGUAAAAGAUAUUUUCUCCAUAAAUAAAGUAAAGUAAUAAAUGUAAUUCCUUUGUUUUUUUAGUAACAGAAUGGUAUGUAUGGUGAUGUGGAACUAAUGUGUUUUUGGCGUUGCAUGAUUGUCUCAUUAAAUUGAAAUUCUAAACUGGUAUGAGUUGCUCUUUGCGGAGCAUGAAUUGUAAACAUAAAUGUUUCAAAAAUCAGCCACGAAAAUAAUGAAAAAUUGAGGCAUAACAUUUAUUUGAAGUCAAACU